AAAAAAUAAAAAAAAUAAAAAAAAGAAAUUUUAGACAUGACCUUGACAGUAGUUUAAGCACUAAAAAAGCUUAAAAACAGAAUUGGUUUUUCCGAAGCCCAUCGGAAUUUGAAAUUGCUGCUCCACUAAUUUUUUUACAAUAUUCCGUACAAUGACACUUGCUUAUUUGCAACUAAUUUUAUUACAUCAGAUAUCUUCUUGGGUUUCUGAUUCAUGAAGUAUAAAUAACUAUCAACUCCCACUAUGUUGGGUUAGAUUUUUUGUUUAUUCUCAUCAUCAUUCACAUUUACAAAUAACAAUUACUACUAAUACAAUUUCAAUUGCAUACAAUUACAAACUUACUUAAAUCUCAAAUAUUUCAUUAUGUCUCAACAAGAUUUAACAUCUGGUUCAACCACCCCAGUUAACUCUAACGUCAUGUUAGAAAAGGAGGAAGAACCUAUCUUACCUCAAAAGGGUUUCAAAGAUUAUAUUUUAAUUUCAUUUUUCUGUUUAUUGGUCGCCUUUGGUGGUUUCGUCUUCGGUUUCGAUACUGGUACCAUUGGUGGUUUCUUAAACAUGACUGAUUUCCAAGAAAGAUUCGGGGAAGUCAACGCUGAAGGUGAACAUUAUAUUUCUGAUAUUAGAACUGGUUUAAUCGUUUCCGUUUUCAACAUCGGUUGUGCCUUCGGUGGUAUCUUCUUAUCUAAAGUCGGUGAUGUCUUUGGUAGAAGAAUCGGUUUAAUGUUCUCCAUGGUUAUUUACGUCAUCGGUAUCGUCAUUCAAAUCUCAUCUCAACAACAUUGGUAUCAAGUUAUGGUUGGUAGAAUCAUCACUGGUUUAGCUGUCGGUUGUGUUGCCGUCUUAUCUCCAUUAUUCAUUUCUGAAACUGCUCCAAAGACUUUAAGAGGUCCAUUAGUCUGUUGUUUCCAAUUAUGUAUCACUUUAGGUAUCUUCUUAGGUUACUGUAUCUGUUUCGGUACUAAAGAUUUAUCUGAUUCCAGACAAUGGAGAAUUCCAUUAGGUUUAUGUUUCUUAUGGGCUUUAUUCUUAGUUACUGGUAUGGUCUUUAUGCCUGAAUCUCCAAGAUAUUUAGUUGAAAAGGAAAGAAUUGAAGAUGCUAAAGUUUCCAUUGCUAGAUCUAAUAAAGUUGAUUCUGAAGAUCCAUUCGUUUACGCUGAAGUUGAAUUAAUCCAAGCUGGUAUUGACAGAGAAGCUCUUGCUGGAUCCGCCUCAUGGAAAGAAUUAAUCACUGGUAAACCAGCUAUCUUCAGAAGAGUCGUCAUGGGUAUCAUGUUACAAUCAUUACAACAAUUAACCGGUAUUAACUAUUUCUUCUAUUAUGGUACUACCAUUUUCCAAGCUGUCGGUUUAGAAGAUUCUUUCGAAACUUCCAUUAUCUUAGGUACUGUUAAUCUUGCUUCUACUUUUGCUGGUAUCUGGGCUAUUGAAAGAUUAGGUAGAAGAAUCACUUUAUUAGCUGGUUCUUUCUGGAUGUUCGUCUGUUUAUUAAUCUACGCCUGUAUUGGUUCUUUAAGAUUAUUUGUUAACGGUACUGAAGGUGAAACUUUCUCUGGAUCUGGUAACGCUAUGAUCUUUAUCACUUGUUUAUACAUCUUUUUCUUUUCUUCAACUUGGGCCGGUGGUGUUUACACUAUUAUUUCAGAAUCAUACCCAUUAAGAAUCAGAUCUAAAGCCAUGGCCGUUGCUACUGCCUUCAAUUGGUUAUGGGGUUUCUUAAUCUCAUUCUUCACUCCUCAAAUCACUAACGCUAUCCACUUCUACUAUGGUUUCGUCUUUGCUGGUUGUUUAUUAUUCUCUUUCUUCUACGUCUAUUUCUUCGUUUCUGAAACUAAAGGAUUAUCAUUAGAAGAAGUAGAUGAAUUAUACGCUGAUAAAGUUGCUCCAUGGAAAUCAUCUAGCUGGACUCCAAAAGGAGAAAAACUUGCUGGUGAAGUCUAA